UGGGGCUGUUUAACUGUAUGUUGAAAUAAUGUGAGGAGCCUCAACAGUGUUCCAGAGCCACCUGACCUCUGGGAUGUGAUUUGAACAACCUCUGCUGGCUGCUGGAUCUGGGCGUUGCUGCUUCUGUGAUAGGGGAGAGAGCCUCCACCUCCCUUCACUUCUUCCCUCCCUGGUUCCUCACUCCCUCUCUCCCGCUCAGCCUGGCAGGAUCCUACCAGCAGAGCAUGCAAUCAGGGAGCAGCAGCAGCAGGGAAGAUGCAGAAGCCUAGUCAGAAUGAGCAUCUCUACAAGCUACUGGUGAUUGGGGACCUGGGUGUGGGCAAAACCAGCAUCAUCAAGCGCUACGUCCACCAGAACUUCUCCCCUCACUACCGGGCCACCAUUGGGGUGGACUUUGCCUUGAAGGUGCUCAACUGGGAUGCUGAGACGGUGGUACGGCUGCAGCUCUGGGAUAUUGCUGGUCAGGAAAGAUUUGGAAACAUGACACGGGUCUAUUACAGAGAAGCCAUGGGAGCGUUUAUUGUCUUUGAUGUUACAAGACCAGCAACGUUUGAAGCGGUGACAAAAUGGAAAGAGGAUCUGGACUCUAAGUUGAUUCUCCCGAAUGGCAAACCCGUGGCAACAGUUCUCUUAGCAAACAAAUGCGACCAGGGAAAAGAUGUGCUUACGAACAACGGUCUCAAAAUGGACCAGUUCUGCAAGGAGAAUGGGUUUGUGGGAUGGUUUGAAACAUCGGCUAAGGAAAACAUAAAUAUAGACGAAGCUUCCAGAUGCCUGGUGAAACACAUAAUUGCUAGUGAGAGUGAUCUAAUGCAGCCCAUUGAAACGGAUAUUAUAAAACCACACCUGAAUUCUUCUAAUAUUGUCAGUUGUUCAGCUUGCUUUAAAUCCUAAGGGACUCCCAGACUAUUCCUGGAUACUAGAGCUGAGCAAAUAGUUAACAAUGAAUAAUUUAUC